UUAAAUCAAACCAUUAAUUCGGCACCGUUUUGGACAAGUCUCCGAUUCUCACUCCUUCCCUCACGCUCUCACCAACAAAAACAUUCAGAGAAAAAAAAGUUACUCAAAGCUAAGCACCCGAACCCGAAAGCCCCAACCGUACAAAAUGGGCAAGGAUAUGAGCGACGAGCAAGUCUCAUCAAUGAAGGAGGCUUUCACUCUCUUCGACACCGACGGCGACGGAAAGAUCGAUCCAUCGGAGCUAGGGAUCCUAAUGAGGUCUCUCGGAGGAAAUCCGACCCAAGCCCAACUCAAAGCUAUAGUCGCCGAAGAGAAGCUAACUUCGCCGUUUGACUUCCCUCGGUUUUUGGAUCUCAUGGCCAAGCACAUGAAAACUGAGCCGUUCGAUAGGCAGCUACGCGAUGCGUUCAAGGUGUUGGAUAAGGAUUCGACCGGGUUUGUCUCCGUGGCGGAUCUGAGACAUAUAUUGACUAGCAUUGGGGAGAAGCUGGAGCCGUCUGAGUUCGAUGAGUGGAUCAGGGAAGUGGAUGUAGGGUCAGAUGGGAAGAUCCGAUACGAGGAAUUUAUUGCCAGGAUGGUUGCUAAGUGAGAAAAAGGUCAUUGCUUGUUUUGUUUGUUC